UGUGGUGUUAGCAGAAGGUGGCUCGCUUGUCCGCGGUAGCUCCGACGCCUCGGUUCAUAUUUCACAUCUAGUCCUCACAAAGAACCGCAACAGUCUCGUAAUAUCGAAGAGGUUUGGCAAAACACGUACGAAGGCUUCGACACAGUGCUUGAAUUUUAAAAGUGUUGUUUUUCACCCAACAGAUCUGGCCUACGCUGUUGCUUUCACUUUUGUUUCCGACAUUUUGAUUUCUGUAAGAUCUGCGUUCUUUUUCAACGGAAAAGUGAUGACAAUAUUUACUCUUUUGGUAACGUUAGGAGGUGUAUGCCUAUUCUUCGUGUGUGGUGCUUCUGCUGUUGAUCCAGACAGAGUGUCAGUGUCAGUGAUGGAGGGAGAUGCAAUGACUUUAUACACUGGUGUUGAAAUGAACCAAGACAGAAUGAUGUGGUUUUUUGGAGACGAUCGCAUAGCUGUAAUUAAUGGAGAUACAAGUAAGAUCUGUGAAGAUGAUCAGUGUAAACAGAGAUUCAGAGACAGACUGAAUGUGAAUCAGAAUGGAUCUCUGACCGUCACAAACAUCAGAACCACAGACUCUGGAGAUUGUAAACUACAGAUCAGCAGCAGCAGAUUCUGCAUUAUUAGGAGCUUCACUGUUACUGUUACUUAUGUUUCAGAUUCAGGAUCGUCUUCAGUUGUUGCUGUUGCUGUUGUUGUUGUUGUUCUUCUUCUUCUUCUCCUCAUUGCUGCUGCGGUUUACUAUAAGCGCCAAGCAAUAAUGAAAUUCAUCAGGAGGCAGCGCAGUGAUCAGAAGGAUGAUGCUGAAGACUCAUCCCGGGAACAGACUAAUGCUCUGCAGAAGGCUCCUAAUGGGACAUCCCUUAAUAAUACUGAUGUUGUUAGUGAGACAUAACUGUAACAUUUUAUUAUUUUAUUGUUUUAUUGAAAGGGAAAAUUAAGAGAAGAUGGGAAAUUAGAGAAGAGCAUCAGCAGAAAUUCUCAUUGCUCACAGAAACUGUCACAAUACCAAGGUUUCAGUGGUAGUAUCAUUAAUGGUGAUUUCACUUUGGCAUCUUGACGUCACUAUUUAUGCUCUACUUAAACAACACUACAACAUAACUUAAAACUGAUGUUUUCAGCAGGGAUUCUUGAGAAAUGAAACAUUUCAUUGAAACUUUGUGUUUUUGUGAUUUGGUUAGCAAAGCUUUGUGGGUAAAGAAAGGCAGAAGUUUCAAAUUCUGCAAGGGUUGAUCCAUGGAAUCUCAAAAUUAUGUCCUUGAUCAAGACUGAAACUCAGGAACUGAAACUUUAACCCUGUAAAGCCUGCCAUGUAAAAUAAGAGUCAGAAACAGAUCUUUUUUUUUUUUUUAAUGGAACAGUUUAUUGAACCUUAAGACAAAAUAUUGUACAAAAAGUUUGCAUACAUAUUUUAUUUUUUGUUGAGUAUCAUAUUUGAUACAUCAGGCAUUUAUGGCUUAUUUAGUAUGAUAUAGUGAAAACAUGGAGCUUUCAAAAAAAAAAAAACACCUCAGUUUUAUUCAGAGACCUAAACUGAGACUGUAAGUUGGUGCAGAUUGCAGAUGCUGAUAUUUAUACGACCAAAAAGUAAGAAGAAAUUCUUAUAGCUUGUAAUGUAAAUGCAUGACACCUUUAAAACAGUAUAGCAG